AUGAAACAAAUACAUACCAAACAAACUUCUAAGAAAAAGAUUGUUAUUCAAAAACGCAUUACAUCAAAAAAUACUAAAAGAAACAGUUCACCAAUGAAAAUAUCAGAAAUAUGUUCUAAUUUACAAAGUAUCAAUGAACUUUUAUUAUAUAGUGAUAGCAACAGUAGUAAAAAUGUUUUAAUAGACGAAAGGCAGAAACAUUCAACUUUUGAAAUUCCUGUAAAAUUUCAUAAUUCUGAAUCUGGUUUUACAAUAACUUCAAGUACAAUAAGCAAUAAUAGUCAAGAACCCGAAUUUACAACAUCUUCAAAUACAAUGAGCAAUAGUGAUCAAUCAACAUCACAACAAAUAGAAAGAGUAAAUGAGUUUACACAAAUUAUAAUAGAGGAUGAAAUCAAUUUCAUACCAAUGACUGAAAAAUAUGGUUCUUACUUUAAGAAUUUUACAAAAAUGUUAUUUUUUAUUUGA